GGGUUGAGAGUUUUACGAAAUUACAAAAUUUUAUUGCUGUGCAAAUUCUGAUCGCACCCUUUUACGGAGUAGCGGAUGUUCUGUUCAUAGUAACAAAAGCAAUUAUUAGUUGUUAAAAGUGUAGUUGCGUUCCCAAAGCGUAUGCCACCAUGCUGAGCUACCUCCGUUUGGCUUCCCCUCUGGUGCGGGGAACCGCAAAUUCUUCAGGUUUCGUGUGGAAAAAUCUAACCCCAUGUCGUUCUCUCAUGACCGGCAGUUCGGUUGGACGAGGUUCCAGUAUUCUUCGGAAUGUUAAAAAGGUAAACAUCACAACACCCAGUCGCAUUGUCCAGACAUCGCUUGCGCGAUACUGCACAAAACCGGAGGUGACCGAAAAGGGAAGAAAAGCCGUCGGCUACUGGCUGCUCGGAUGCAGUGGGAUGGUCUUUGUGGCUGUGGUUUUAGGUGGAGUGACGCGUCUAACAGAGUCCGGGCUAUCGAUGGUUACAUGGAAGUUGUUGGGAGAAAAGAUGCCACGAACACAGCAGGAGUGGGCGGAGGAAUUCGAAAGGUAUCAGCAGUUUCCGGAAUUCAAGCUUAAAAACAAGGACAUAACCCUAAGUGAAUUCAAAAUGAUCUGGUUCAUGGAAUACGGUCACCGCAUGUGGGGACGCCUAAUAGGAGCGUUCUAUGCCAUUCCAGCUGCAUACUUUUGGUCUAGGGGAUAUCUGGAUCGUGGUAUGAAAAUUCGUACCCUUGCAUUUGGUGCUCUCAUAGCUGCUCAAGGUUUGAUGGGAUGGUACAUGGUCAAGUCCGGCCUGGAAGAUCGUUUCCACGAGGAAAGCGAUGUACCACGUGUUUCCCAGUACCGCCUGGCUUCCCAUCUUGGAUUUGCAUUUGUUCUCUACUCUCUAUUCCUGUGGUCGGCCUUGGACAAAUUGCUACCAGCUCAGAAGCUGCUGGGUCAAAUUUCGGCCGCUACGCUUAAGUUCAAAGGUCUGGCACACGCCACCAAAGCAGCAGUAUUCGUAACAGCCAUGUCCGGAGCUCUUGUGGCCGGCCUGGAUGCUGGUCUGGUAUACAACUCAUUCCCAAAAAUGGCAGACCGGUGGAUUCCCAGCGAUAUUCUUGCCAUGUCACCGACGUUGCGUAACUUUACCGAAAAUCCCACAACGGUUCAGUUUGACCAUCGAGUGCUGGGAACAGCCACUCUGACGCUGAUUACCGGAAUGUUUAUGCUUUCGAGACGUCGAGUUCUGCCACCGAGGGCGUAUAAGGCUGCCACAGCGGUAGCCGCGAUGGGUUGGCUCCAGGUAAUGCUCGGUAUUACUACGCUACUUACGUACGUUCCUGUUCCGUUGGCCGCAAGCCACCAAUCGGGAUCGCUUCUGCUGUUGUCGUUCGCCAUCUGGUUGACGCAUGAAAUGAAACUAGUCAAGCGACUGCCCAAGUAGGAUGUAAGGAGAUCUAUGUGAAUUAUGUGGAUUUAUCCACCGCAA